GAAGAAAACGCGUUUUUGAAACAUAGAGAAAGUAGAACCAUUUUUUCUUCUUUAAUUCAUUUAUUAUUAUUAUUAUUAAUGUUAACGUUAUUUUUAUUUUAUUCAAGUUAUUCUUUUUAUUUAUAGAAUACAUAAAAUUCAGGUUCGGUGAACUCGGUGAAUGACAUUAAAGAUGACCGAAGACUCCGGAGGAAUUUGAAAGUAGCAAGAAUGCAAGUUGUUGUUUACUACUUGUACCGUGUCAUGACUGUAGAACCAGAGAGGGUUCAAAAACCGACCUGUUCGCUUCCUUUUUUGGACACGAAAUCUAGGAAACUUGUUGGAGAGCUGUUACAACCGUCUCUGCCUUUUAUUCAGUUAAACUUAGGCCAGCUUGAACAGCGCGCGAUCCAAUCGCAUGAUCACAUUCCACCAAGUAAAGAUGGAAAUACGAAAGCACAUUACUUGCUUGCGGGAAGUGGAAUAAAUGCUGAGAGAACAUGGAAGAAAAUUGAGUCACUAUCGCUCCAUGCGAAACCUCCCACGACCCUUGAACUUUCAUUUACAGACGUAGAUAUGUUUUUAAAAUACCAAAGAGAGAAAAAUGUCUUAUGUUCACUCGAGACCCUUAUUCAGGAUGCUCAGUCUCAAUUUGACAAGUAUCUCGAAACCGAGUGGCAGGGAAAGAAGCCAGGCGUAAGGGAAUUUUCAGAAUCAACUGUUUCUCAAGAAAAGAAGUUGGCAACAGGAACCCAGAACAUUGCUCGCUGUCAGGCAUUUGCUGCUUCAUUAAAGAAGUGUUACUUCGACAUUUCUCAGUCUUCUCCUGGUUCAGAUUAUAUUUCGUCUUUUUGUGAUGUCGCAAAAGAGUUGUCGAAAGAUACAAAAUCCCUUCUUUUGUAUGAAACUUGGAAUCUAUUACGUUCUUUCACUUCCUAUGAUAGUUUUUCGGACCCAUUACUCGGACCUAAAUCCCAGUUGUUUCCCUUUUACGAAGAUAGCCCAUCUAAAGUUCGUCUGAACCAAAGAAUUAUUGAUUGCUCCAGGAGAUUCUUAGAGAAACAAUUCUUUGAUGUGGUCAAUAAAGAAAUCGAAAACAAUCCUCAAGCUGCUUCCAUUGGCGGCGUACCUUCUGUUUUAAAUAAAAUUCGUGCGUACAUUAAUAUUCGCUUCUCAAAAAAUGGUGUUUGGGCAAAUUCAAACAUUGAAUUUUUAGGGGAUUUACCGGUAUGGGCAUUCAUCUUUUAUCUGCUGCGUGCCGGCUAUCUGGAUGAAGCUGUCACAUAUACUCAACAAAAUCAUAGCUUCUUUGAAGAUAGACAAGCUAGUGAUUUCCCUACUUACUUGAAGGCUUAUUCGAAAGCCCCAAAUUCAAUAAUCCCCAAAGAAUUGCGAAACAAACUUUUCUCUGAAUUUAAUCAAACGCUACGUUUUCAAGAAGAUUAUGAUCCUUUCAAAUAUGCCGUGUAUAAAAUAAUUGGUCGUUGUGAGCUUUCCAAGACAUCUUGUCCCUCUGUUUGUUUCGUGACUGAAGAUUAUAUUUGGUUGCAACUAUCUCUUGCACGAGAAUUUACCGAAACGAACGUAUCUGCACAUGAGUGCUUUUCUUUGCAAGAUGUUCAAAAAUUGGUGAUAUCAUAUGGUCCUGAUUACUUUACUAAGCAAGGCUCUUAUCCUGUUAUGUAUUUCUUCCUUUUAAUGUUAUGUGGUCUUUACGAGCGUGCUAUUGAAUUUUUAUAUAGCUAUUAUCCAGCUGACGCUGUCCAUUUUGCUAUCGCAUGUGCGCAUUAUGGUUUGCUACACACUGCUUCUCUAAAAUCUUCGCCUCCUCUUGAUGCUUUACUCAUUAAUGAUACUGAAGGCCAGCCAAGUAUUCGAUAUGAAGCGAUGUUAAUGGGUUAUGUUAAAGGUAUGCAGGAGUUUGAUGCAAUCACUUCUGCUUGUUAUUUAGCGAGUAUGUGUGAAGUUGCGGAAUAUGCUCCUGUCUGUCAUGAAGCUCUGAAAGAUCUAAUCUUAAAUACCCGUGAUUAUGUUAACUUAGUUGGCGAUAUCCGUGCUGACGGCGAACGUAUUCCAGGAUUCCUGGAGAGUCGAUAUUCGUUAUUGAAACUUUCGUCUCAGGAAGAGUUUCUUACAAAAAUUACUUUGCAAUCUGCUAAAAUUGCUGAUGAUCAAGGGUUAUGGUCUGAUUCAAUUUUGCUGUAUCAUUUGGCUGAGGCUUAUGAUGUUGUUAUCUCUGUUGUCAAUCGAUGCUUGGGUUCUGCAUUGUUAGGCUUCAUGGAUCAAGGUAUAUUUCCCGAAAAACUUGUUUCGUUAGUCAAAAACAUGAUGAAUGUAUAUGGAAAGAACCCUUCUAUAUACAGUAAGGUUAAUUAUAAAAACAGAGAAACGACAGAUUUACUAUUACUUACAGUGGAAGCUUUUCAUGCGUUUGUUAACAAAGAUUACGAACAAGUCUUGGCCGCCUUACAACAAUUGGAAAUAUUACCGCUGGAUACUGAGUGUGAUUCUCACGUCGUCCGUAAACUAGCUGCUGAAUUCCGUUUUCUUAAUGACAGCUUGCUUCACAAUAUCCCUGGGAUUAUUCUGGUUGCUAUGAAAAGUAUCAACGAACUUUAUAAAAAGCAAAAACUGUCUGAUUAUAACAGCGAUUCAGUAGCCAACACGAAACUACAGUUCUAUCGUAUUAAGGCACGGAAAAUUGUUAUGUAUAGCUCAUUAAUAGAUUUCCGUAUGCCUUCACACGUAUUAGAGCAAUUAAAUCGGUGUGAAAUUGAAAUGACCUAGUCCACUCUUUCUGUCUUUACGUUUUUGUUUUUGGGUUAAUAAAUUUAGCGUCAAGUAAAAUUGGUUUUCUAAGGAAGUGUAUUUAUGCAAUGCAUCGAUGUAUAAUAUAUCAUAAUAUAAUAAAAUUAUUUCUUGAACAUCUUCGAAACACUAUCCCA